AUGAACACAACUAUUGAGCAUGGUAGCGCUGCUAAGAAUCCAAUUGAUUCCACCAAUUUGGAAGGUUCCCCAAGAUCAUCGGUCAAUGAGGACAUUAGAGUCAAACAAGAUCUAAACCCAAAUGAAUUUAAUUUCUCUCCAUAUGGAAAUGAUGCUAACGGUUUUUACCAUGGGUACCCUCAACAUCAUCCGUAUGUUAUCCACGGUGGGUUUCCAUGGUAUCCACCAAACUAUCCCUACCAGUAUGGUCCAGGACCUCAUACCCAUAGAUAUCCGCCUGUACCACCAUCGAACAUAAAGGUCCAAGGGAACGCAUCUAACGUUCCUGACCAAUCUUCCGAGAUUUCUGAUCCGACUAUAAAUGUUGGCGAGUCAACAAGAAGUAACAAUGAUUCAUUUCAGGACUUAAGAAAAAAUGACAUUGAUUCUUCAUCGGAAACGUUGGAACAGAUCUCACAUCCAUCAGAAUUCGACAACUGGUUAUACGGUUUUAUGAAUAAACUGAAAUCCCAAGACAUGUCCCACUGUAUUCCGGACAUGUAUGGAAGGUACUUGAAAAUUGUUACAAACAAUGAGAAAAAGUAUAUCACUGAUAUGUUCAAAUACUAUGUUCCUAUCACAGCUUAUCCUAAAUGGCUGAUUGACAUUUACGAUAAGCAUACGAAUACAAAAUAUGCGUUAAUAUCUUACGCAAUGAAAAGAUAUGUUGCUAAACGCAAUCCAGAGACUAUAAUUAAAGAACUAAAUUCUCUGAAAUACCACCCAAAUAUGGACAGCAUAUUAUUCACUGAUAAGGUAAACAAGCUUAUCGAUGAAGCUGAAUUAAUGGAUGUUCAUAUUUCGGAAAAAAACAUUUGUGAAAACUUUAUAAAAAGUCUACCUCCCAGUCUAAGUAGCAUUCUACAUCUCUAUGUGCAUACUCCUAAGCCCAUGACAUUAUCAGAGGUUCUUUUCCAGGUCGAGAAAAUACAACCAUAUUUAUCCAACCUGGAAACUAAGUCACCAAAUGGUAGAACCGUCGAGAAAACCGCGGUAAAACAUCAUCAACAUUCAACGACUAUUGAUAAGAAAAAGUUUCCUAAUGCAAAAAAAGUUCAUCACUUGAAAAAUACUUCAACAUUAUCAAGUCACGAACAGCUUAGGCCUGCUUCAUCAGAAAAUUUAGACGCUGACGAUUAUUUAAUCAUUGAUUCGGGUGCUGAAAUUACUGUAGUAAAAGACGAAACUUUGCUACAAAACAUACACCCGAAUACAAAACAUGUUCUAUAUGGAGCAGGUAACCAAAAGCUAUCUGCCCCAGUGUCAGGUACACUACAAUUUACCUUCACAAAAAAUAAAAGAUAUCAAGUACAUAGCUUGGUAUCCUCGGAAGUAGACUAUAACUUAAUCAGUCUUUAUCAAUUGGAAAAGACUGGUCUCGUUGUAGAUACCAAACAUCGAACAUUAGAAGACAAAAACAAUAAUGUCUUAUGUUCACUCACCGACAUCGAUAAGUAUGUUGCAAUCCCAAUCUCCUGUUUAACAUCCCAAAUCAAGAAGAUACAGCAGUUAAGUACAGAGUUUACAAAGCCCUUUACAAUGCAGUUCAUUCAUGAUUUACUAGGACAUAUUAAUAUCCGAGAUAUUAAACGGACGAUAGAUCGGAAACUCAUCAGAGGUAUAGAACCUGAUAAGGUUAACUGGUCGGGAAUUGACAAAUUCCAAUGUAAAUAUUGUCUUCAGGGCAAAUCUACAAAACGGAGACAUACAAUUGACUCACGAAUUAAAUAUCAGAUCAACUAUGAACCAUUUGAAUACAUUCAUACUGAUAUAUUUGGACCUCUACAUCACUUACCUGCUUCCACACCAGACUCUUUCAUCACCUUUACCGACGAAAAUACACGUUUCCGUUGGGUAUUUGCGAUCAAUAAUAAAUCCUCGAAUACUAUUACUGCCAUAUUUAGGAAACUAAUAAACUUGAUUCAUACACAAUUUGGCACAAAAAUUAAGUGCUUUCAAAUGGAUCGUGGUUCUGAAUAUACAAAUCAUGAAAUUGAUGACUUAUUUUGCAAAUACGGUAUCAGAAAGAUAUAUAACACCGUUGGAGACUCGGCAUCUAAUGGUGUUGCAGAACGUACCAAUCUCACCUUUUUGAACGAUUGUCGUACACUACUGCAUGCAACUAACCUACCAAAUACGGUAUGGUUUCAUGCUGUUAAGUUUGCAGUUCUUAUGCGGAAUGCUAUCUGCACUGCAACAAAAAAUUCACCUCGUGCAUCUGCUGGAUUACUAGGCUUAGAUAUCAAAACGAUAUUACCCUUCGGCACACCGGUGAUCGUGCACGAGCCCAAUGCGAAAUCAAAAUUAGCCAUACGAGGUCGAGAUGGUUACGCAUUAUGUCCUUCAGAGGUAUCAUACGGCUACUUGAUUUACAUACCCUCACUCCAUCGUAUUGUGGAUAGUUCAAGUUAUAAACUUGUGAGCCGUACAGAUUCGCUCUCUACGCCAGAUAAAAAUAUCUUCGACGAGCUACUACUAACCGCUCACGAAGAUAAACCAUAUUCUCCACCUGACAUUAUAGAUUUACCUGAACCUAUUAUCGAGAUCGAGAAACAUGAAGAACCGCCAGAAGAUAUAUCACAAUCUACUAGAGAUAAAUCUGUAUCAGAAUCCCCGUCAUCUGACGAUGAACGGAUAGAUACAAACACCACUAGUUUAGAAAUCAAACCCAUAAUAGAUGGAUCAGAUUCUAGUGAUAAGUCCGAUGACGGAAUCGUAUCACAUGAAGAUAUAUUCAUACGUACGAAUGCACAACUAGCUAAGUCAGGCAAGAAUGCCGACUUGCGACGAGCAUUUCAUGCCAUUACCACUAUGAAGAAGAAGAAGAAUUCCUCGACAUCAUUAUCACAUAAUCCUAUCAUAAAGCGUUCGGGGGGUCUGGAAAAGAUAACCAGACUAAAAGACUCUGAUGACCUUCCGUCCCUAUCCAUAUUUCGAGACAGGAAACGGAAACAUACACAGCCUAGUCUGCAGGAUCAACUGAACGCUAUAUCGGGUGAUGAUGAAGAUGAUGAGGACCUUACUCUAUCUUCAUAUUCCAAAUCCAAACGCAAGCGCAUACAUUACCUGCAUGCGAUAAAGUACCAAACAAAUAUAACUCCCACAAGGGACUCUUUGAGUUAUAGCGAAGCUAUAUCAAAAAAUCGAGAUGUGAAGCAACGUAAUCUAUACAUCGCCGCUUAUCGUAAGGAACUGGAUCGACUAUAUAAGAUGCAGACUUGGGAUGAAUCAACACUACAUGAUGUUGAAAACAUACCCAAACAUCAAAUAAUCAAUUCCAUGUUCAUAUUUACGGAGAAACGGGAUGGAACUCACAAAUAUAGAUACGUCGCAAGAGGUGACCAACAAAAGGCUGGAACAUACGAUGAAAAUGCUAUAUCCAAUACAGUGCACAAUUCCGCACUAAUGACGUGCAUGGCAAUUGCACUGGAGACUAAACAAUUCAUCACGCAGCUGGAUAUAUCCUCCGCACACUUAUAUGCAGACCUUGAUGAGGAACUCUAUAUUAGACCUCCACCACACAUUAACCUACAAAAUAAGGUAUAUCGACUCCAGAAAUCCUUAUAUGGUUUAAAACAGAGUGGAGCAAACUGGUAUAAUAAUAUAAAAACGUUCUUAACUCAUGAAUGCAAUCUACAGGAAGUCAAACUGUGGCCCUGUGUAUUCUAUAAUGGUACAUUUAGAGUCUGUUUGUUCGUUGACGACAUGGUCGUCUUUGCGGAUGACAUAACACAAACGGAAUCAUUUAUUGAACUAUUGCAAACCAAAUAUGACACAAAGGUUAUCAAUUUGGGAAAUGAAGUUAAGAGUAUUAUACGCUAUGAUAUGCUGGGUUUAAAUAUAGAAUAUCACUUUGGUAGUUCUAUAUCGUUUGGGAUGGAAAAGGUCUUGACUGAAAAGUUGGAAAAAAUGAACAUUGCGAUACGCAAGGCGGGUAAGUUGGCAUGGGUAGCUGGACAACCAGGCCUAUAUAUUAGUGAUGAGGAUAUCGAGAUGGAAGAAGAACACUACUUACAGGAUGUCGAGUGGUUACAACGAAUCACUGGUCUAGCCUCAUAA